CUGGAUACACGAUGAAGCGAUCGAACGAUUUCUCGAUUAUCGAAUGCGUCUAACGUUCUAGUUCCAAAUUUCCGUUAGAUUAGCAGCUACUUACGUUCGUUACAAAACGAACAAAUUUACCAUUUGUUCGUCGUAUCGGUAUUGUAAAUAAAAGAGAAUAUUCACGGUGCAAUGGUUUAUCGCCCAUAUGAUAAAGGAGGAAACGAAAAUUUCUCCUAGGAUACUCGAAUGACGCUGAUCGCAUAACGAAUUAUGUGUUUCAUGCUGUAGCUCGGUUCAUUGACUUUAUUUUUGUUGAAUUAUCGUACUGCCCCCAUUGAAAACAGUUUGAAAAAUUACAAUCGAUAAUUAUAAUAUUCAUUCUGUGAUCGUAGAAUAAGACGAAAAACACGUGAAAGUUCGUCUAGCGUAAAAUGGAUCAUUAUAAUCAAUUAUGCGUUAAAAAAUAUUUAAAUUUUACUAUGGAUACGAUACAAUUCAAUGUAAAUUAAGUGGAUACCGGCAUCCGCGUAUUUUUCUAGCAGUAAAUUUUCUUUUAAACAUGUGAUAUUUUUUGUCUCGACACUCUUUCGAGCAAUACAUUUAAAUAAUGGUGUUCUGGAUUGUUACUCUGGUAGCAAUCAUUUUGCAUUUCAGUUCUGUGCAUACCAAACCAGAAUCUCAAGGUUAUUGUGCACCUUAUAGCGGAAAGAUAUGCAAGAAGUAUUUAGCUGGUAUUGGAAAAGUAUGGUUUAACGAUUCUAACAAUAAUCCCGGAGGAUUGUUAAAUGAACAGAUCACAACCAAUUUAUGGGAAGAAUUGAUACAAAAACUGUUUGAACCAUGUCGUUCAGCAGCAGAGAAAAUGCUAUGUAUGUAUGCCUUUCCACAAUGUCACAAUUCGGUUGGUCUACCAUUGUGUUACGAAGACUGCAUGGCAGUACGUCAUCAAUUUUGUUUUAAUGAUUGGGCAAUGAUAGAAGAUAACAAACAGAGGGAGAUUUAUAUCAGAUCACGGGGACACUUUACAUUGCCAGAAUGCGAAUCACUACCAAAAGUAGUCAAAGGAAAAAUGACCUGUUCUCACAUUCAUUUGACCGAUAUGAACGAAGACCAUGUUACAUAUAACUGUGUUAAAGGCAAUGGUCGAUUUUAUUUGGGGAACGUAAAUAAAACAAAGUUUGGCUUGGAUUGUCAGUCAUGGGAUGCACAAAUUCCGCAUAGUCAUGAUAGACCGCCGGACGUUUUUCCCCAAAUUCGAAAUGGAAAAAACUAUUGUAGGAAUGCGGGAGGAGACGAACCAAUGCCAUGGUGUUUCACCAUGGAUCCUCAGAUACGAUGGCAGCAUUGUGAUAUUCCUAUAUGCGAUAAUGUAAGUAAAGUACUAGAGAUCGAUCCAAAAGACUUAACAAUGGAUACAUUGUUUACUCCAAUGUUUAUAUUGGUAUUAUCUUCGUUGGGAUUGGUUAUUAUAGCUGGUACCAUAUUAUCGAUUAUUUUAAGUCAUAGACUUCACAAACGACAUCAAGGAUAUAACCCAACGAAUAAUCAGUAUAUCACUAUUGAUUUGGACAAAUUGCCGAGCAACAAUGCAUACCAUAAGACGAGUGCACAGCUUAAUCCCAAAUUGGAGAAACUUGAAUUUCCAAGAAAUAACGUUAUUUACGAGCGAGAUUUAGGCCAGGGUGCUUUCGGUAGAGUGUUUCAAGCAAAAGCGCCCGGUCUAAUUCCAGGGGAGGAAUUCACAAACGUCGCUGUUAAAAUGCUUAAAGACGAAGCAUCGGAGGAUCUGCUCAAAGAUUUUGAACGAGAAGCGUGUCUACUUGCCGAAUUUGAUCAUCCGAAUAUCGUUAAACUAUUAGGUGUAUGUGCGUUAGGUCGACCAAUGUGUCUUCUGUUUGAGUACAUGGGUCGCGGUGACUUGAACGAAUUUCUCCGAUCUUGUUCACCUGGUAAUUACAUCAUUCGAAGCUUGGAAAGGAACGAACACUUCACGGACUCGCGUUUGUCGCACAUGGACUUAAUUAAUAUCGCAUUGCAAGUAGCAUCCGGAAUGGUAUAUUUAUCGGAUCGUAAAUUCGUCCACCGAGAUCUUGCAACGAGAAACUGUUUGAUAAAUGAUCAAAUGAUCGUGAAGAUAGCAGACUUCGGGUUGUCACAGAAAAUCUAUUUGCAAGAUUAUUAUAAAGGUGACGAACAAGACGCUAUACCAGUUAGGUGGAUGCCUCUGGAGAGUAUAUUAUAUAACAAGUACACUGUCGAGUCUGAUGUAUGGGCAUUUGCGGUGUGCUUAUGGGAAAUAUUUAGCUUCGCGCUGCAGCCUUAUUACGGGAUGACGCACGAGGAAGUUGUAAAAUACAUUAAAGAAGGCAAUGUCCUUCAAUGCCCUGAAAACACACCGCAAGCUAUAUACGAUCUGAUGAAACUUUGUUGGAACAGGAGACCAUCAGACAGACCUGCUUUCAGAACAAUUUACAAUACUCUCGACACCAUAAAGCAUAAUUUAGAAGCGGAAAAUAAGUCGGACAGUGUACCAUUACGCAUUCACGUUUGAGUCUGAUAAUUAUUAGUAGAAGAGUUAUGCAUUUUUUCUUUAUCAUUUCAAAUGGAAACAUAUUUAUAUAUAUAAAUAUAUUUGUUUUAAUUCUUUUACUUAGUUUAUAUGUAAUUGCUUGUAAAUAUGUAUAUUCCAUUGAGUUCGUGAUUUUUUUUAUGUAGACAAUUAUUAAAAAAUCUCUUUGGAAUUAUUUAUGGAUUGAAGACUGGUAUAUAAUGUAAUCAAUUUUACACGCAUACGAAACUUGUAUAUUGCGUUUAUAUUUUCUCUAUUGUCCAUUCAGUCAACGAAUUUUACAACAAUAUAACAUAUUACUAAUUCUCAGUAAAAGUGAUAAAGAUAAAACAUAACGAUUCAAAGAUUUCAGUGGUAAUGCAGUAUCAACAGAGUGUUUAUUAUACGAGUGACAAGACUACAGAACUCAAUGUGUAAAGCAAAUGAUAGAUGAAAUUGUGUGUAGUUAAUAUUGGUAAACAAUCAGUUUAUUUAUUCCGAUGGAUAAAUUAUAAAGGGAGAUGGCAUUGCUAUUACACAUUUAUACAGUAUUCUCAUUAAUUCUUUUAACGCAACAUGCUUUUCAAAAAUCGUAUGUAUGUACAUAAUAUUUAUUUCUUUACUCUUACAAGGUGAAAUAUAUGUGAAAUUUUACAUACCAUACAAAUUAAAAGACAUGGUUAAACAUUUCAGCUUUGUUGUAUAAAGGAUGUUGAGUAUUUAUUUGUAGAGAAUUGUUUUGGUUCUCUGCAAUCAAGAAUACAAGUAUUUACAUAAAUUCUACAAACUUGUUAUUCCUAUCAUUAUAUACAAUCGCAAAGACUGAUAAUGCAUUUUUUAAUUGAAAUAAGUUUGUACUUGUAUAAUUUAUAAUUUUUCUAAUGAAUCGUUCUAUUGACACGAAAUACUCUUCCUUAUGUUUGACUUUAUUUGUAUGUUAUUUUUGUGUAAUACUAAACCAAUGUUUGGUUGCACUAGUUGACCUGAUCAUAAUUGUAUACAUAUAUCUAAAUAUUUAUAUGUGUAAGCGUACGUAUUACCGAUUAUAUUUGCUGCAUUUUUUUACUUCAAAACAGGAAUAUAUUAACCAACACAUACUAUAUUACAGAAGGCAAACAAACUUUCCUAUAUAUAAAGCAGCAAAUAAUAAUGUUUCCCUAAAGCCUAAGGCAGAUAAUACUGAAAUUAUACAAGUAUAUGUAAACAAUUUGGCUAUACAAAAAAAUGGGUUUAUAUUUAGCGACGUUACACGUAACUUAACUUUGAUUGUUAGAUGUUAGAUCGUUGCUGUACCAAAAACAUAGCCUAUUUAAUGUAUGAAAAAUAUCAAUGAAAAACUAUUAUGACGAAUGUUACAGUAAAAAAAAAGAACCAUUAAGUGAGCGUAUAAUGUGCAACUGUUAUACAUAAGGUUUGAAAGUAAAAUAAUUAUCGUGCUGUAAACAAUAUUUAAAUGAAUGUUUUAAUUGUAACAUAGCAUUGAUUUAAAAUAUUAUAUGUUCUAUAGGAUAUACAGUAUAACUAAACGCAUUUUCCUAUAAUAUAGUUUUGAUAGAUCUUUCCAUAAAAAUAUCAUGACUGAAAAGAAAUUCAGUUUUAACUUUUCUAAUAAUUAUACUUAACUUUUAUUCCCAUUAUGUGAUACAAUUUGGUAUUUUUUUUUAAAUGAUAUUAAAACUUGCUUCUAAUUAUGUCUCUUUGUCAUUGCAUCUGCAUUCCAAUAAAUAUGUCAUUCAUCAGUAUUUUCGUAACAAUCUCUAUGUGUUAUACACAAUGUAUUCAUUUAUGAAUGUUGUAUCCUAUUCUUAAGUACAUAGAUAAGUAUAGCUAAUGUAUGUCAUCGUCUACUUGAUUUUUAAAGCCAUCUACUGAACUUGCAUUGCAAUAGGCACACGAAUGUCUUAUGUUCCAGUCUAAUCUUGGUUGAGCAUUAACAAAUAUUAUAUACUACAUGCAAAACAAAUGUGAAUGCAAUAUCCAAAUGCUCUUCCAUAAACUUUUUUAUAUAAGACUUUUAUAUCGUGAAAGAGAAGAAGAACUUUUACCAAGUUUGUGCUCUUACAUCUGUGUACUUGUAUCCUGUAUAAGUAGUGUUGUACGUGAUAUAUUACGAUAAUACGUACGUAAUACGUAUUGUCCAUGACCAAGAAAGAAACUUCUGGUAUUAAGUAUAUAAUUCGUUGAGUUCAAAUAUGUUAUUGACAAUGUAGACUCUAUUCUGAAUUUUAUAUACUUACAACAAACUAUAAUCUAGCCUGUCACUAAAAAGAACAUCGAGAUUCCUCGAUAGUCUAUUUUGAAUUCAAAAUGAAAUUCGCAAGUACCGAAGUAAAAUUUAAAAAAGUAAAUAAUAAUCGAAAAAUUUCGAUGUCUAAUUUUAUAUGUUGUCUUUUAUUUUACUAUAAAGAAUCAUAUUCAAAUAAAAAUUAGAAAAAAAUGACAUACUUUAUUACUAUAAGUAUCGAGGAAUUAUCAAUGAAAUACUACAAACGUGU